AUGGAGACAGCCCCCAAAUCUAUGCCGAGCCCGUUGAGGAGCUCGGGUAGUUGGGCCGCCCUUGAUGGGUUGGAUAGGGCCCCGAUCAGCUGGGAAAAGGCAAUGAGUCCUCCGAGUGACCCACUUGCUACAAAUGCAAGGCUAAAAUUAACAUUGACUGUGAUGCUACAUAGUGGUGAUUUCGGCAAAUUCGCUAUCAAUAGCAUAUGCCCAACUGCCCAAGAGAUUACAGGAAACAAACGAAAAAAAAAAGGACCUGAUGUCGGGAGAAGAUGGGCCGUUUGGGGCGGAGCAGGUGACGGCGGAGGACCACCCUCGACUUUUCCGGCAUCGUACAGUGUCGGAGGCGGCGUACCGGUGGCUGUGGAGGAAAAUCCGAGGGAUUUGACGGCCGGAUUGCGAUUGGGGCAGUCGAUUAAAACAAUGGAGAGCCGCGCCACGGCGGCCAUGGCCAGGCGAACAGCAGUGUAUUGUGUGGCUGCAGUCGGCAAAUGGUGCAAAGCGUUGGGGUUGAUGUCUGGUGGGGAGGGCACUAUAUUGCUUAGGUUUUAUUAA